AUGUCAUCAAAGCAGCUGACCGUCAAAGCGCGAUCACGGACAGAACGAGCGCUGGACGUACUCUACCUGGUCUACUUCGGCAUCCACCUCGCGGCGUCCAUUGCGGUGGAUGCGCAACUCACCUACCCGCCCUACUCGCAACGAGUGUUCCCCGAAUCGCUGCGGAAGGUACUGCGGGACUAUAUGACGCAGUCCAGCGAUCCGUUUCUGGCAGCGGCGGAGAGAGCGUCCAAGGACCAUGUGUGGUUUAGGGUGCUGUUGGGACGGAUCACUCCAGGAAUGUUCGCUGACGAACCACCCGAAUCACCACUUGCGAGACAGCCGCAUCCUCAACGCUUCAAUGCAUCUGCAGCGUCCUAUUCGGAUCGGACGGAAGCAAGCUCACGUCGGCUCAAGUUGGUGGCUUGCUACAGUAAGUGUCAAUCUUCUCCUGCGGUCUUCCAGCUUUUGCACCUGCAAGAACGACUAACAUGCAUCUCAUUUCCAUCAAUUGUCAAUCGCUGCAGAAACUACGUACCGUUCUGUAUCAUCCCUACGCUGCUCACGUUCGACAUGAUGCUGCGCAUCGUCAGGCUGCUCCCUCCUCCGCCGGCGACGGUCAAAAGUGGGAAGGAAGACUGA